CUGAAAGACCCCCGACUCUCAACCCCCCACGUUCUCGCUUAGCCGGGCUCCUGAAGAGCAGCUCAACCAAACAUUAGUGUGAGAGACUCGACAGGGCAGCACGCUCCCAACACGCACAGAGCUGGAGAGACAGAGAGAGAGAGAGAGAGGGAGAGAGAGAGAGAGAGAGAGGAGAGCAGAAAGUAAGGGAAGUGGAGCAGGGAGCCUUGAAGGGAGGUUAAGGAGGUGAGCGAAGGGUGAAAAGGAAGAGAGGCGAGGGAAAGACAAAAGAGAAGGAGAGAGACAGCGAGGAGAGCGAGAGCGGAGGCAGACGAGAGGGAAAUGGCUUCGGAGGAGACCGCUGGAGGAGCUCGUAAAGCCACCAAGAGCAAACUAUUUGAGUUCCUCGUUCAUGGAGUGCGGCCUGGCAUGCCAUCAGGAGCACGGAUGCCUCACCAGGGAGCACCAAUGGGGCCCCCAGGACCACCAUAUGGAGGAAGCCCUGCAGUUCGGCCUGGACUCAACAAUCAGGCCAUGGAGCCCAGCCGCAAACGACCCGCACCGUCACAACAACAGAUUCAGCAGCAGCAACAACAGCAGCAGUCCGUACAGAAUCGAAACAGGAAGAAGCCCGUGGGAUUUUCUGGACCAAAUGAGAUUCCAGGGAGGCAGAUGGACAUGAGAGAGGCCCAAUCAGAUCCCACACUUGGAUUAAAUGCCAAGAGGAGGAAGAUGGCUGAUAAGAUCCUUCCACAAAGGAUUCGUGAGCUUGUACCAGAGUCCCAGGCUUAUAUGGACCUGUUGGCAUUCGAGCGGAAAUUAGACCAGACCAUAAUGCGCAAACGGGUGGACAUCCAAGAGGCACUUAAGAGACCUAUGAAGCAAAAGCGAAAACUACGUCUCUACAUCUCCAACACUUAUAACCCUGCCAAGCCUGAUGCAGAGGACUCUGAAGGCAGCAUUGCAUCCUGGGAGCUACGAGUGGAAGGCAAACUACUGGAUGAUCCAGGAAAGAUGAAGAGGAAGUUCUCCUCAUUCUUUAAAAGUCUGGUGAUAGAGCUGGACAAAGACCUUUACGGCCCUGAUAACCAUUUGGUUGAGUGGCAUCGAACCCAAAACACCCAGGAGACAGACGGUUUCCAAGUAAAGAGGCCUGGUGAUGUGAAUGUGCGCUGUACUCUGCUGUUAAUGCUGGAUUACCAGCCGCCUCAGUUUAAACUGGAUCCGAGACUGGCUCGUCUUCUGGGAAUUCACACACAGACUCGCUCUAGUAUUAUUCAAGCACUCUGGCAGUAUGUUAAAACCAACAAACUGCAGGACUCCCAUGAUAAAGAGUACAUCAACUGUGAUAAGUAUUUCCAGCAGAUCUUUGACUGUCCACGUCUGAAGUUCUCUGAAAUUCCACAGCGCCUCACCAAUCUUCUACUGCCCCCCGACCCUAUAGUCAUCAACCACAUCAUUAGCGUUGACCCUAAUGAUCAAAAGAAAACGGCAUGCUAUGACAUUGAUGUAGAGGUGGAGGAUCCCCUUAAAGCUCAAAUGAGCAGCUUCCUGCUCUCCACAGCCAAUCAGCAAGAGAUUGCCUCACUGGAUAACAAGAUCCACGAGACUAUAGAGUCCAUAAAUCAGCUGAAGAUCCAGAGAGAUUUCAUGCUCAGCUUCUCCAGAGAUCCCAAAGGCUACAUCCAGGACUGGCUCAAAUCCCAGAGCAGAGAUCUGAAAAUUAUGACAGAUGUUGUUGGAAACCCAGAGGAGGAGAGAAGAGCAGAGUUUUAUCAUGAGCCGUGGUCUCAGGAGGCUGUCAGUCGUUACUUCUACUGCAAGAUUCAGCAGAGGAGACAGGAGCUGGAACAAGCCUUGGCAAUGAGGAACACCUAAACUCCUCACAAUUAGGCACGGUGUUCACCUGGGACAACGUUUGCUCCAUGUGGAGGUCCCUUGCGUUGCUCUUCAGUAUGUGAGAGUUUGUGUACGUGUUCAGUCAUUGUUGUCACAUGACCUACAAUCUACCAUUCUGGAUCGCAUCCAGUCACAUCGCCAACAACCAAUACAGCUCCGUUGUAUGGACAUUUCAGCCAACCAUGGUACAGUACUGUAUCUUCCGUGCUGGAUGAAAUCAUCUCACAAUACACUAUUUCUAGUUUUUAAUACGUAUUACUUUCACCAGCAUUUUGAACUUAAUGACUUGAGUGGACUUUAUCCGCAUAGAUUGUGGAACCAACCUGUUUCGAUUCAGCUAUCGAUCAUCCACUCAAACACGGUUUUGCAGAGAUAAACAUUGUGUUCUGACUAAUGUAUUAAUCAUGUCUCGUUCAGCCCAUUUUUAUAUAAUUUAUUGGGUUAAGCAAAAAAUUAUUUUGUUAAUCCAUUUCCUUAUUGGAUCUUGAGCACAAUUUUAUUUUCUGCCCUUUUUAAGAAGUGUAUUUAUGAAGUACUUUGAUGAAGGCAGCUUUUAAAAACAAAUAUUUCAGUAUUGACUAAACCAACUACAGGGUAUUUUACACUCUGCUGUCCCUGCUACAGCUAUUGACAUUAGGCUGCAUUCAUUUAAUUGUACAUAAACAUUGAAGGAUGCUGUUUCAACGUAUUUAAAAGCAUGCGGAAGGAUCUGAUAUGUCACUUUUUUGAAAACUUUGUAUCUGAAGAAAAGAUAUAAAGAAAGUGGGCCAUUCAAGUAAAUUAAGAGGAUAGUUAACCCAAAAAUUAAAACAUUUCUCAUCAUCAUAUUUUUAUAACCCUGUAUGAAUUUCUUUUUUCUGAUAAACACAAAAGAAGAUAUUUUGAUAAAUGAUGGUAAGCACACAGCUGAUUGUAAACAUUGACUUCCAUAGUAGGAAAAACAAAUAGGAUGGAAUUCAAACUGUGUGCUUACCAUCAUUUAUCACAAUACCUCUAUAAUAUAUUUUUUCCUACUAUGGAAGUCAAUGGUUACAAUCAGCUGUCUGCUUACCGUCAUUUAUCAAAAUAUCUUCUUUUGUGUUCAUCAGAAAAAGAAAUUCAUACAGAUUCGGAAAAACAUGAGGACGAGUAAAUCAUGACAGAAUUUUCAUUUUGGGGUAAACUAUCCCUUUAUUCAGAAAUAUGAUUUGGAUAGUUUCAGACAUAUUUCCUUUUUCGUAACCAAAACCUUUAUUAGGCAUGGGCCGGUAUGAGAUUUUGGCGGUAUGAUAACCUAAAGCAAAAAUUUCACGGUGUCGCGGUAUUGCCAUUGCAACACUAAAAUGUGUUAUUUCCAAAUGUCUGCAUAUACAAACAACAACAUACAUUUUAUUUUAAGCAACAUACAACAUGUAUGCCAUGCAAAAAUAAGGCCUUAAAUUAUAAUAUUCUUUCAAAAAAAUAUGAAAAUUAUAAAACGUAAAUGUAGUAAUAUUAAUAAUAUUAAAUGGAAACAUCAAAUCAAUUACAUGACUUAAUUAUUUAACUUAAUUUUGUGUAAACCCAGCUUAUACCUUGAAAACGGUAACCGGCCCAUGCCUAUGUGCACAUCAAAUUUUCUUUAAAUCCUUUAUUAUUUUGAUCUAUUAUUUUAAUAGUGCUGUGUAAAAUAGCAUCACGUGGGCAUUUUUCUCACAAGCGAACCUUCACUUUAUUUAAAGGGUCGUAUUAGUAAUUCAUAUUUGAUGUUUUACCAAAGGUCUAAAUGACUGAAAACUCAGACUUAGAUGAAGGACUUUUUGCUUUAUGACUCUUAGAGUCUUUGCACUACAUCAUGGAUUGUCAUUGAGUGCUUUGAAAGCUUUCCAUGCUAAUUAUUUGUAACUUGACAAAUGAAGGAUAUAAAAAUGGGAAACCAUGUUUAAAUGUGUUAACGUUAGAUACAUUUCUACUGGAUUAUAGACUCAUUUUAUGAUCACAUUCUGAGUGUUGAUUCUGCUUGUCCAGGUCAGUUAUUAGGUGUUUCCUGCCUUUUUUACACCUAUGCAUGCUGCAUGGACACAUUUUUAUACUUUCAUAAAAGGACAUGAGAAACCUUCUGAUCGCUUGGGACUGGAUCAGAAGAGCACUGAUGUUUAGUUUGUGACCCUCAGUGAUGGGGUCAGGUCACAGCCGCUACAUUAUAACCUAACGUGUCCAUUUAAGGUCUUAUAGUAUGUUGUUUUUUGAUUUGUCUUUUUUUUAAAGAUCUUGCAAUUUAAUAUGUGGAUUAAAGAAGCACACCAAGGAUUUUUACAGACUGCUACCAAGGCUGUUUGCAACAAGAGCACCUCCCAUUGAAUCUUGUGGGUACUACAUGUAUAUUGUCAGCCAUUUUAUUACUUGAGUUGUAACAAUGUAACGUUCAUUAUGACAUCUUCUUGUGGUUUUGUGUUAGCAACUGAAGAUUUUUGUUGUGUAAUGUAGUCUCUUGCUGUUCGAGCCGGCAGCUGUGCUCUGACUUACCGCUGUUUGGUAAGGGGUUUAUUGUUACCCACUCUCACAUAAUCUUUUGGUCAGCCACUAUAGCCUUUGCGACACAGAAUCACACUGCCAUCUAGUGCUUUUAAAGGACAAAUCUUCCCCAAACAGUGAAGGCAAAAACAAAAAAACUGCACAUCAUUAGCAUGGGAUCACUGUUGAUUGAAGUGUAUUUAUAUAUUCAAGGCUUUAAACUUUUAUUACAACCAUUUUAUUUUGGUUAUAGUGUCAGUCUCAUAGAUUUGUUCACAGAAAUAGUGCCAGCAGACAUCUUUACAUGUACUGUAGGUUUUGAUGAUCCACUAUGUAAUUUUGUUUUUCUCACAAGUAUCUGUACUACAAGUUUGUUGUCUCACCUUGAUCUACUUUCACCAAAAGAGAGACUUUAGAAGUACGUGUGUUGGACAGCGAGGAUGUAAAUAAACAAGCGCUUGCCAAAGUUUGUAAAUGGAACACCAUACUAAAAA